AUGCAUCCCCUCCUUCGCGUCGUCGUCCUUGUUGGACUCCUCUCCCUGCAGGCGUCCUGCUCCGCCUCCAGGGACACGGUGUCACCCGGCAACGGGCUCGCCGGCACCGGCAGCAGCAGCAGGCUCGUCUCCAACAACAGCAAGUUCGCGCUGGGCUUCUUCAAGCCGGACAUCACACCCUUCCACCACACCACCAGCAACCCCAACACGUACCACGGCAUAUGGUUCAACAAGGUCCCGAAGCUGGGCCCACUCUGGAGCGCCAACGGCGACAGCCCCGUGGUCGACCCCACCAUACCCAAGCUCGCCAUCUCCGGCGAUGGCAACCUGGACCAGACCACCAACUCCGUCAUCUGGUCCACCCGCGCGAACCCCACGACCAAUGACACCGUCGCCGUGCUCCUCAAUGACGGCAACCUCGUCCUGCGGAGCUCCUCCAACUCGUCCGCCGUCUUCUGGCAGAGCUUCGACUACCCGACGGACACCUUCUUCGAGAGGCCUCAAAUUCAAUUCAAUAAGGUGCCUCCUGUAGGUCUGAACUGA